UUCCUCCCUGAAGAGCGUUUCAAAAUCUGAAAGGAGAGGCAGCAGGAUGCAGAAGGCAUUUUAGCGUACUGAACAAGAACAAACCGUUUUUGACAACGAAAUAAUAAUUAAAGUAGGCCAAUCGUGACACGCCACCCCAAAACAAGAAGUUUAAUCAUCAAGUUUCCUAAAGUUUUUUGAGGGGGGGGACAAAAUAGCACAGACAGAACGUUGUUGGGAAACUUUUGUAGCGGGCUCCCUAAAACACGACCAGAGAGGAGGAAAAGGCAUCCUCCGAGUCAGUGGAGUUGCUGUGGGGCAGGGUGCUGUCCUAUGGGAUGGAUGACGGCCAGCAGGAUCAGUACGAGGAGCGUCUGAAGGAGGUCUUUGAGAGUUUCGACACCAGUGGCGCCGGGUUGCUGUGCCCCGAGGAGCUAUCUGGCCUGUGCCAGGCCCUGCACCUGGAGGAUGCCACACCAGCACUGCUACAUGCCCUGCUGCAGAACCAGGACCGACUCACUGACAGGGUUGAUUUUGACCAGUUCAAGAAUGCUUUAAUUCUGGUGUUGUCGACGACUACAGCAGCACCGUCCAGUCAGGAGGCAACAUGUGCACCGCCACAGCCGGACCCACCAGUCCAAGCUAAGUUUGUGCGGGGUAGUAAACGCUAUGGCCGGCGCUCUACACCAGAGUUCAUCGAGACCAUCGCAGACUUCUCAGAGGUGGUGAGCUCAGAGGCUACAGGGCAGCAGGAGCCAGAGGACCAUGACUCCACUGUACCGAGGAAACGUGAGCGCUGGAACGCUCAUGAAAGCAGUACGGACGAGUAUGAGGCAGAUGGCCAGCUGCACCUGUGGAACCCGGAUGACCCCUCUACCCCGCGGGGCUCCACAGUGCCCCUGUCAGACCGCCUGGAGGAGAGGUUACAACAGGCCUGUGAAGAGCUGGCUAUGCCCUGGGACGGAUGUGCCAGCCACCAUGAGCUACUGGCUCUCUGUAACCACCUGGACCUGGAGGUGACGGAGGAUGUCCUCCAGGUUCUAAGUGGUGACGGGAUCAUGAGCGUGCAGGCAUUUACUUCCUGGGUUCUGAACCACGCCAAGCCCCCUACCCCGUCUGCCUCCACACCUUACAGACAGCUGAAAAGACUACACUCCUCACAGCCGUUUGAUGAGACGGGCCGUAGGACCAGCUGUAUGACCAGCACCAUCAGGAUGUGUCUGUUCUCUGCUCUGGACGAUGGGACAGGGUCCGCUCCUGCUGAGGACGUCCUGGAUGCCUGGAUGGAGGAAGGCAUUGAGAACAGCCCUGAGAUACUACAGGCCUUGGAUUUUGACCUGGAGGGCAAAGUGAACCUCCGUGAGCUGACUGUGGCUCUGGAGAACGAGCUCCUCGUGACUAAGAAUGGGAUCCACCAGGCUGCACUGGCCAGCUUUAAGGCUGAGAUCAGAUAUCUACUUGAGCGUGUUGAUCGUGAACGCAGAGAGAAAGAGAAGAUUCGCUCUGACCUGGACAAAGCGGAGAAGUUAAAAACCCAGCUGGCUGCUGAGGUGGACGAGCAUCACUCUGCCAUCGAACGCAUGAAUGACCUCAACCUUAGGAAGCUGGAGCAGGAACACAGGGAGAAGCUGGUGUCUGUCAGGUCAGAGCUCAUUAUAGAGAUGGACCAGAUACAGCAGCAGAAAGAGAAACUGGAGGCAGAGAUGGAGAAGAUCAGAGACGAUGAGACCUUCCUCAGAGAUCACCUCUCUCUCACUGUCAAGGAAAGUAGGUGUCUGGAGAUGGAGCUGCUGGACAGCACUGAGAAACUGUUAAAGGCAGAGAGCCAAGUCAGCGAACUGCAGAAGAAUCUGGAUAACAUCCUGAAGGAAAAGUUUGGGGACCUGGACCCAGGAAGUGCAGAGUUCUUCCUACAGGAGGAGCGUCUCGGACGGCUCCGCAGCAGCUAUGAGGAACAGUGCCGGGAGCUGCAGGAUCGUAUUGAUGAGCUUCAAGCAGAGCUGCAGGAGUACCACAACUUGGGCCGCACCUCUCAGCCCUGUCUCAAACCCUCGCUCUCUGAGGAGCUGGGGAGUACGAGUCCUGGCAUGGAGUCAGACCCAGGCCUGGGCUCGGAGGAGGGCCAGCCAUUGUUCAACAUGAGCCUGGAGGCAGAGAUGAUGCUGGAGCAGCUGAAAGAGAAGCACCUCCAAGAGAUGGAGGAUCUAAAGGCUCAGCUGGAGAGCAAGGUGAGUGAAUUUGACCAGAAGGUGGAGGAGCAGAAGACUGACCUGGAGACCCAGAAGGCAGCCUUGUCUCUGCAGUACAUGGAGGAUAUCCAGGCUCUACACGUGGAGAUGUCCAGCAGCCAGAACAGAGCCCUGGAGCUCCAGGCCCAGCUAGAGCAGGCAGAGGAGGAGCGGGCUGGCUUGGAGCAGAGGCAGGCUGGGGAGAGGGAAGAGCUGGAGCACCAGCAAGAGGACGAAGUGAGCAGCCUGAAGCAGCAGCUCCUAGAGGCCCACACCCAGGCUGCCGACCUGGAGGAGCAGCUGAAGGAGCUGGAGGCCCAACAGGCGAAGGCUGAGCUCUGCCUGGACACAGAGAUGCAGGAACUGAGGAAACUACAUGUCGCCGAACUCAACAAGCUGGACGAGGAGCACAAAGAGAUCCUUUUGACCAGGAUGGAAGAAGAGCGGGGGAAGCUACAGGAGGAGAGGGCGGAGGUGGAGAUGAGGCUGUUAAAGGAGUGGGAGAGGGAGAAGCUGGAGUUACAGCAGAGCCACGGGGAGACAGUGAAGGCUAGGAUAGAGGAGCUGGAGAUGAGACUCAUGGAGGAGUGGGAGAGGGAGAAGCUGGAGUUACAGCAGAGCCACGAGGAGACAGUGAAGGCUAGGAUAGAGGAGGUGAGUGUCAGUUUGCAGGCGGAGCGAGAGGAGCUGGAGAUGAGACUCAUGGAGGAGUGGGAGAGGGAGAAGCUGGAGUUACAGCAGAGCCACGAGGAGACAGUGAAGGCUAGGAUAGAGGAGCUGGAGAUGAGACUCGUGGAGGCGUGGGAGAGGGAGAAGCUGGAGUUACAGCAGAGCCACGAGGAGACAGUGAAGGCUAGGAUAGAGGAGGUGAGUGUCAGUUUGCAGGUGGAGCGAGAGGAGCUGGAGAUGAGACUCAUGGAGGAGUGGGAGAGGGAGAAGCUGGAGUUACAGCAGAGCCACGAGGAGACAGUGAAGGCUAGGAUAGAGGAGCUGGAGAUGAGACUCAUGGAGGAGUGGGAGAGGGAGAAGGCUCAGUUGAACAAGCGGAAUAACGAGUCGCUGCAGACCAUGUUAGAGGAGGCGAUGUUACGACUCGUCAAGGAGCAGCAGAACAGGGAGGCCAGGCUCACUGAGCAGUGGGAGCUGGAACGUGCUCGGCUUCAGAAGUGUCAUGAGGCGGCUCUCCUCACCAGGUUAGCCGAGGAGCACCUGAAGCAGCAGGAGGAGACUGAGAGGAGGCUGAGGGAGAACUGGGACAGGGAGAGACUCCAGCUGGAGGGGGACUAUGAGGGGUUGUUUCAGGAGCGGCUGCAGGAGGAGAGGCAGAGCAUAAAGGAGGCCCACAGACAGGCCAUGCAGGAACUGAGUGCCAAACACCAUGAGGAGAGAGAACAGCUCAGCGGUCUACGGGAUGAACUGCGGGAGGACAUCGCUGAGAAAAGGCGUGAGGCGGGUCGUCUAGUAGAGGAGAACCUUUUACUCAGACAGAAGAUCUCCGCGCUGAAGGAAGAGGACCUGAGAGAGACCCGAGAAGAGACGCUCUUGAAACUGGAGCAUUUCAGGAAGGAGAAGCAUUCUGCGCAAAAGAAGGCAGAGAGUUUCAAGAGACAGAUCUCAGUGCUUCGUCUCCGCAGUCAGCAGCUGGAGGAGGAGAACGGGCUGCUGUCGGAGAAGAACGCCCAGAAUGCAGCAGGAGGGGUGGAGGGGUGGAGCCAACAGCUGGGGGAACUGCUCAGACAGAGUGAGAGACAGGAGGCUGUCAGAGACCAGCAACGUACUGUACCUGGGGAUGAGAGGAUGAAGAUGGCAGUGUGUGUGUCUGCCCUGGAGGCGGAGCUGACCAACGCUGUGGAAGGGACUGUACUUCUAGAGGAGGGCAAGGCCCAGCUGGUGCUACAACUCAACACCCUCGGAGAUAAGGUGGCUAAGAUGGGGGCUGUAGAGUGCCAGCUCUCUCUCCUCCUGCAGGAACGCAAGGCUUUGGAAAAACACACCCAGGGAUUACGCAACCAGCUAGCCAAGUCUCAGGAGAAGAACCAGGUGUUGGAGGAAAGUCUUCGGUCUGUUAACCUCCAGAGCGCCCGUCUCAAGUCAGACCACCGCGUGUCACAGCAAGAGAAGGACGCCCUCAAACAGGAAGUGAUGUCACUGCACAAACAGCUGCAGAACGGCAACGAUAAGAACCAGGUUCUGGAGAUGGCCCUGCACUCCAGCGGAUACCAGAGCCAGCAUAAGAAGCUGUACCAGGACGAGCUGGCCAGGCUGGUGGAACAGCAACAGCAGCUGCUGAGGCAGGAGAACGAGAGGCUGACCAUGGAGCUCCACCACACCAGGGAAAAGCUGGAGGCAGCCAUCUUAACCGUGAAGCAGCAGAAACAGCAGGGCCAGGCCAGCGUGGGGAAGACUGUAGAACAGGAGAAGACUGCUCUGAAGAGAGAGCUGGACGGGAUGCAUCAGGAGCUACUCUCUGCUCAGAACAAGGUGUGUGAGGUUCAGCGAGAGCUGGAGAGUCUACGUCAGGAGAAUGAGGGGCUGAAGACCCAACAGGUUCCACUACAGGCCUGGCUUCUGGAGGCCCAGCUGGGUGGUCUGCUGCCCCCCUCCCCUCGUAGGAUGCCUGGUGAGUGGAGAGGACAACACUGCGAGAACGACCACAACCCAGAGAACAUGCAGGGUGCUGCAAUGCCAGAACAGAGGGCCGCACAUGCAGACAGCUACCGGAGGAUCGGUGGACUCUGACUGACAGCAGCUUGGCAGUUUCAAACAUCCCCUAGUCCAGUUUCCUUACUUUCCGUCUGUCCUCCUAACCCCAGCCCCACCUGAUUCUCCAAGACUCAUCUCCCCUGAAUUCUCUACCUGGCAGUUUCUAACCCCAGCCCCAACCCAGUCCUCCUCGCCUAACCCCAGCCCCAACCCAGUCCUCCUCGCCUAACCCCAGCCCCAACCCAAUCCUCCUCGCCUAACCCCAGCCCCAACCCAGUCCUCCUCGCCUAACCCCAGCCCCAACCCAAUCCUCCAGGAAUUCCCAGAAUUUCCCCAUAUCCCACUUGCUUGAAGCACUGGAAGAAGGAAACUUCUGGGAGCUUGUUACUCUGCCUUCCGUCCUUAUAGGAGAUAACCAGUGAUUUGAAUGGGGUGUUAGAUUACAGCUCAGGGUAAAGGGAUGUGUAAUGAGUGUAUGCAUCCACUAGGUGGCGUAUGAGAGUAACAGGCUAGUUUUUUGUAAUUUUCCUCAAAUCAAAGUGCUUUCUUCAGCUCUUAACAGCAGGUGAACUGUUGAGUCAAACAAAUGAUCAUGAAAUAUUCUCUGAUUUCAGUAGAUUCCUUGUUCCAACAAUGUAUUAUGUGAAAUAUUUUACAAGAUAUUUCAUAUUGAUAUUUUUUGCACUUAACCCUCAAUAUCAAUUGAUUUAGAUUUUUGUUUAUCUUUGUCACAUUUAGGAUUUUAAUAACCUUUUUGUUGGCGAACAUGCUCACCUCUCACUACAGGUACGGUACAUCUGAAAGUACUGUGGUU